AUGGUAGAUAUAAGAAAAGUACCAUACUACUACAACGCACGUAGUCAAACAUAUCUUUAUCCUUCCAAACGACCUCCAGAUAGUCAGGAAGCGAAGAUAUUGACUUCAAAAGGGACAUUAAAUACUAGUUAUAUAAAAAAUGAAACCAAAGAAACUGGUGAUUUGUUAAUCAGAGACGAUGUAACUCCGGAAUAUAACUUUUGGGCGUUGUUGCUGUUAAUAUUUCCAUUUUUUACUCUGUUCGGCAAUGUACUUGUGAUCAUGAGUGUAGUAAGAGAGAGGACAUUGCAAACUGUGACGAAUUACUUUAUAGUGAGUUUAGCGGUCGCCGAUUUACUUGUUGCUGUCGUCGUUAUGCCAUUCGGAGUUUAUUAUUUGCGUAACAUUUAUCGUCUGUCAAAUGUGGAGGGUUAA